CGCUUUCACCUCGACCAGUAAAACCAAUCCAAUCGGUCUCGAACAAGUACCUUUCGAAACAGACACCAUGGCGGAAACGAGCAACGACCUCUCUGCCGCCACCGACAAGAUCAAGAACUUUUGCACCAACAAGAUCGACGACGCAAACUACUACGUCGAAAAAAAGAAGAAACAAUUCGAGAUCUCCGAKGCCAAGGGCGGGCUGGAUCGCACAAAGGCCGACACCAAGAACUGGAUCGACCGGCAAACGCGCGAGCUGGGUGGCCUACGGGACAAGACGAGGGAGGGCCUCGACAAGGCGGCCAAGGACCUGGGAUUCGCCGCGGAAAGCAACGAAAACCAAAACCAAAACGAGAACGAGACCCGCCGGCMGGGAGAGGCCGACGAACCGGGGUGCGGAACCACCGAGAACUUCCGCAUGGAUUGCGCCGGCUGCGGAUUGUUCUCCAUGUAGCAACAGCGGCGACGCAAUGGGUGUGUGCGCACAGGGAUGCCGAGCGGCAGGCAGGCAAGCAAGCAAGCAAGCAGGAAGGCAGCGUGUGGGUGGGUCGCAACGGCGCAUGGAAUGCGCUGGUGGAAAAUGGUAUCCGGAAUGUCAGCCGAAUGAGGGCAUCGUCCCCCUCUAGACUGCUUCCAGGAUUGUGGUGUUCGUCAUAUUUAAAAAAAAGAAAAAGAACUAAUGAUCUACUAGUUUCAAACGGAGACCACGAGAGCAAUAGAAAGGAUCGCUGCAAUCAAAAGAGCCAAUUGGAUAGUCCUUAGCAUAUUGRCUGGAUAGUCCUGCCUGGGACAACUACGAUAGCACGUUUCACUUCUACUGGCUGGUUGUCUCUGUCACUCAAAGUGACAAAACAAGAAGCCUCUUGACUGGAUCUCUCAUUCAAACCUCCAAGUGUAGCAUUCCUUUUUCUUCUUGUCUUCUACUGUUUGUAGUAGUAGGUUUCGUUUAGUAAUAGUAGUAGUACUACUACUACUACUACUCGUAGCAGUACUACUAGUAGUACUGCUACUAGUAGAAUUUCGUCUCAUGCCCCAUUGGCAUGAUUACUUAAUCCACAAGCUAAAUUGAAUGGUCAUAGCAAAAAUCUGGGCACAGACUCAAUUU